GCCACCUUGGUCCUUUAAAAAAAAAAAAAAAAAAAAAAAAUAAUAAUAAUGUACGGUACAAGUAUGUGAGUAUUCCGGAAUUGUGAUGGGUUUGGUUUGAAAUUUAAACUCCUUCUAAACAGGAAGUCAUCGCCAUAGUGAUUUUUGACAAGUGCUUCAAAUUUGUAAUUUGGUAUCUGAUAUCUAUCAUAAAAUUUGCUGAAGUAUUUUUUGGAAGUUCUGCAACCAUGAGUGCCGUUACCACGGCAACAAGUGUGAGCACCUCUGACCCUGGGUCAGUGACAACUGGACGCCCGGCUCCAGAACAAGUUCCAGAGGAAAUUCCUUCAGCCAGUGAGGAAGCUCUGAGGUUCAUAGACAGCAUAGUUGCAGAGGAUGAUUACAAGUAUUUGAUGUUCGAUGACCAUUUGGUGACCGUGUCAGACACUGGGAAAGAGCUGGGAGAUUUCACCAUUUCAGUAGAGCCUACACGAUACAAACAAGUGGACUGCUUCCUCAUACAUGCAAACAGUCAUGGGUCGAUUGACGGCGUGCCGUGUGGAACCUCUAUAACAGCUUAUGUAGCACAGAACUUAGAGACCAUAGAACAACAGCACCAUGAAUAUGUCAAGCUUGAAAAUUGUCCCUUAGAUAGAAAAACAUUUAUUGCGAAACAGAAAGACAAUUACAUCGUGAACCGGAUCAUCACCCAAGGGGAGGAUGUGCAAAGAUCCUCCAAGACAGUUGAGCUUAGUAAGAUGAGAGGAUUUGUUUCUGAGGGAUCAAAUUUACUUCUUCAUCGGCUGUUAAUAGAGAAGGGAAUUCCCGACAAUCUACAGUUCCUGUCCUUUGAUUCAGAUACCAAUCUGUGUUCUGUGAUCUAUAGACCAUUAGAAGAUAGGACACAGACCGUAGCCACAACGGAAAUCCGAGUGUUUGGGGUCGAGAGAACUAUUAAUUCCUUUGCUGAUCUACCAACAACAUGGCAGUCCUAUUUCAUGCAGGAUUGUCACAUGACAAACAGAGUUCAAGUGGGGUCGCCUGUGACAAUGAAGCUGAGCUCAGUUCCACAACUCAUCGAAAGAGAUGAAGAACCCCCUAAGCCAGUGUUUGAGAAGAAAGAGUUAAACUGGGAGGAUGACAUGCAGCUAUACUCAAAGUUUCUGGACCGAAAGGAGGAGUUAAAGGGAGACCACACCACGUACAUGCGAGCACACCCAGAGCUCAAAAACCUCUUGGCCGACUUUCUCCAGUUCCUGUUGCUAAGGAAGCCUGAAGAUGUUGUACAGUUCGCUGCCGAGUAUUUCUCAUCAUUUUCUGCCCCCAUGCCGUCCCUGACCCCAUAUCUGGCAUCUAAUGCCCCUACACCCUUUCCCGCAAGUCGAACAAACACCAAAAUAGAUCAGUUAAGGGCCCCCACUAGAUAAAAGAUUGUGCUGUAUGGGUUAAGAGAAAUUUGUUUAUUAGUAAGUCAUAGGUAUCUGUAUAAUGUGCUAGAUAGGAAAUUACAUGCAGAAACCUUUUGUUCCAUAUAACUAAGGCAAUCAUAUACUGUGUAGGGAAACAGGAGCAUCUAAUAUUUUUUGUACUGUCAGCAGUGUUAUAUCUUGGUGAUAAGGCCAUUAGAAUUGUAUGUGAAUUUCCAUCUAUUUGAAUUGCAUCUGAUUCAGAUAAGUUGUGCUUCUACCAAUGUAUAGCCCCCCCCCCUUUUUUUUUUGUGGGACAUAUAUUUGGCAGAUUUACGCCUACAAGGUAUACCAUUAAUUUUGGUGGAUAAAAUUUUGGUGAACUCAUUUUUAUUUGUGUAUAUGUAUAGUGAUGUACUAAACUUUAGCAUUUUUUAUUUUGUUGAAUCUUUAGAAAUUGCCAAAUUAGGCCAAAAUUGAUACCCACCAAAAAAAAUGACUUUAAAUUAGAUUGCAAGUUAGAAUUUGCAUGUAUGUCUGUCCUUUUCAAAAUAACGAUCUAGUGUUUCAUUGUAUAAACACAGUAGAAAUGCUGUCAGCUGUUACUAUGAACAUUUUAUGUAUUUACAUUUGAAUUUUAUAUCUAUGCGAGUGUAUUGUUGAUGUUGCAUAGUCUGUGAAAUAGUGCAGGGAAACUUGCAAUUCUGUGAUAUUAACGUGGCCACGCCCCCUCUGUGUGAUUGGUUGUUUGUGAUAGGCUGAAAAGUUAAUCACAUAAUGUACAUCUUAUUUCCCACAUAUACACCGUACUUCACAUCAUUAGGUUCGAAAAGAUACCAAUCAAACUGUCAUGUGUGGAUAUUGAUCUGAAAUUUUAGGAAAUUAUUCCUAGCACUUUGUUUUACGAUGACAGGUCUGCAUCUCUUACAACUGGAACAACUUUACUACACCUUUUAUGGCCACCAUUCAGAAGUUCAAUAAAUGGUGGGUUUUUUCCAGUGAUUUUGUUGAAUUUUUCCAAUAAAUUUAUUUGGAACU